UCUUGAGCCGCUGUGACCGAAGGUCUUCCCAUCACUUUCACGCAACCGCCGAAUAUAAAAAGAUGCCAAUGUAGGUACCACCAUCAAACACUUUCCUUCGUUUGUUUACAGAAGAUCAGCAAAAGUUCACCUGUUCAACCCCAAAAAAUGAAAUUUAUCAUCGCUAUCGCUUUCUUGGCUGUGACCCUCGCCGCACCCCAAGGAGAUAAGAAGCCCAUCGAAAUCGUGUCAUCCAACAGCGAAAUGAACGCCGAUGGCAGUUAUUCUUUUGCUUUUGAAAGCGCUGAUGGAACCAAGGUUUCGGAGAGUGGCAGUCAGAAGCAGGUUGGACCCAAACCAGAGGAUAUUGGCACCGUUUCCAAGGGAUCUUACUCGUACACUUCCCCCGAUGGCGUUGUCCUUACCGUCAACUGGGUCGCCGAUGAGAAUGGGUUCCAGGCAACAGGAGACCAUUUACCUACACCUCCACCAAUGCCUGAACACGUCGUCAAAAUGCUCGCUGACCUGAAAGCUGCCGGUGUUCUCUAAACAAAUCAAUAUCAAAAACACGUUCAAAAUGUACAUACAUGACGACAAAUAAAAUUUUGCAUUCCCAGAAAAAAAAA